UAUGAGUGUUUCUCAUAAUGACAAAAAUGAUUACACUGUCUUUCAAAAGUAUUGUGAGAAGGCCAUUGGGCAGUUAUCUGAAGAAUGUGUAAAAAUCUUCAGGGAAACUACAGAUGAAGAUUCUAGAAUUAGAUUACUGUAUGAAGCCGCUACCAAAAUUCCUAUAACUGUAACUGAAUUGAAUGGGAAAAAUUUGGAGGUUUCUCAAGUAGAAAAAACCAAUGGGAAUUCUUUUUUUGGAAAAAAGGAUUAUGUGAAUGCUUUGAAAGCUUACAAUAUAGGAAUUGUCAGUUGCCCGCAAAAUUCAGACGAAUCCAGAGAACUGCUCGCAAUCCUUAUAUCGAACCGUAGUGCAAGUUACUUCGAACUGAAGGAAUAUAAAAAAGUUUUCAACGACAUAGACUACCUCUUAGAAGUAGGCAAUUAUCCGGCACAUCUGAGGUAUAAAAUAUGGAUAAGGAAAGCAAAAUGCUACGAUGCAUUGCAAAACGAAAGAUCAGCUUCAGAAGCAUACGACGAAGCUUUAAAAAGUCUGAAGUUCAGCAAACUCGACGAAAAAUCUAUACAAGUUAAAAUAAAAGAAAUUGAGAAAGCUAGAGAGACUAAAAUAGAUUUGGUAUCGAAAAAUGAACUAGUACCUCUGGAUGAACCUGACAUUUUUGAAGGUGACAAAGAGUAUAUUGCAGCUCACCCGAAAGUUAAAUUCCAGCAAGAUACUUAUCAAGGCAGAUAUGCAGUUGCAAAUGAGUACAUUGAAACUGGAACUAUUAUAGUGGAAGAAAAUGCUCAUUGUGCAGUAGUUGACACUAAUCAUGCUUUAACUAAUUGCCAGUACUGUUUCACAGCUGUAGAACAACUCAUAGCGUGUCCAACGUGUGCUAAUGUUGUUUUUUGUAGUACUAUUUGCGAAAGAUUAGCUAAUAAAUCGUUUCAUAAAGUCGAAUGUCCGAUUCAAGCCUCACUUUACUCUUCAGGAGCUUCAGUUAAUUGUUUGUUAGCUUUACGAAUAAUAAGUCAGAAGCAUUUUUCUUAUUUCAAUGAUAAGAAGAACAAACUUAAAGAUUAUCUGAAAGAUAACUGCAAAAAGAAUAUUAUUAAAAAAAAAGUUUAUCGUUAUGAUGAUUAUGAUAAUGUAUUUUUCCUGUGCAGGAAUGAAACUAUGAGAAAAAAGGAAGAAUUGUUGCAUUUUACAUGCAUGGCAAUAUUUUUACUAAGAUUAUUGAAAUUUGGAAAAUAUUUUCCUUUCGAAUGCACUGAUGAUGUUUUCAAUGAUGAUGAAGUAUAUUUUGGAAGUUUAAUUUUGAGACAUUUGCAGCUAUUGCAGUUUAACGCUCAUGAAGUGUCUGAAUUGAAGAAUCUCAGUAAACCCGUACAAGUUGAGGGAACUAUGACUAAGUAUGAAAAUGCAACUAUUGGAGCAGGAUUAUAUCCAACUUUAGCAUUGUUUAAUCACUCUUGUGAUCCUAGUAUAGUCAGGUACAACAUAAAGAGCAAAAUAGUUGUUAGAACAAUAAAACCAAUUAAGUCUGGAGACAUAAUUUACGAAAACUAUGGACCUCUCUACAUGAACAUGCAAGUGCAAGAACGUCAACAUAUGUUGAAAAACAACUAUUGGUUCGAAUGUUUGUGUCCGCCCUGUAUAGAGAUGUGGCCGAUGUUUAAAGAAAUGAAAGACAACGAAUUGAGAAUUCCUUGCAAAACUGAUCGAUGCCCUUUUGUAUUUUUGUUGGAAGGAGAUGAUGAUCCUUUUUUAACUUGUGAAUACUGUAAAAGCGUUAAUAGUAUUUUACCUAAUUUGAAAGGUCUGAUGGUACUGGAUGAAAUUCUUCCAGAAGCAGAAAGUUUGUUUGGAAUGGGACAACUGAUGCCAGCAAUGAAAAAGUUUAUAAGUGGAUUGGAAAUUUUGUUUAAAUUUACGAAACCUCCUCAUCCAGAAAUAAUUAAAGUUCAACAGAGAAUCAGAAUUUGUAUGAUCCAUUUGGGUAACAAGGCUGGUGAUUACAAAGUAGAUUUGAUAUGAAUUUAAAAUUGUGAUUUUUAUCUAUACUAGAAUAAAAAACCAAUCAUUAAUUUAGUUUUUAGUUUGAAUUAGUGUUUACUUG